CCAUCGCCGCCACCGCUACCGCCGCUAGGGCCAUCACCGCUACCACUGCCGCUGCCGCCACCGCCGCACCGUGUGAGGAGUUUGCUGAAGCCUAUUUCUCAGAAUCGGCCCCCAUCUUCCCGCCCGGAUCCUGAACGCCAGCACCGGGAGCACUCGCCUCACCGGCGGGUGCUGAAGAAGGAGUUGCCUCUGCCUGUGGAGUGGCGGGGACGGCCUCAGCCCCCCUUCCUUUCCUGGCCCCUUCUUUCCAUCUCCCCAGCCAUGGGGAACGCGGCGACCGCCAAGAAAGGCAGCGAAGUGGAGAGCGUGAAAGAAUUUCUAGCCAAAGCCAAAGAAGACUUUUUAAGAAAGUGGGAAAAUCCCACUCCGAAUAAUGCUGGGCUGGAGGAUUUUGAGAGGAAAAAAACCCUUGGGACAGGUUCAUUUGGAAGGGUCAUGUUGGUGAAACAUAAAGCCACUGAGCAGUAUUAUGCCAUGAAGAUCUUAGAUAAGCAGAAGGUUGUUAAACUGAAGCAGAUAGAGCAUACUUUGAAUGAGAAAAGAAUAUUACAGGCAGUGAAUUUUCCUUUUCUUGUCCGUUUGGAGUAUUCUUUUAAGGAUAAUUCUAAUUUAUACAUGGUUAUGGAGUAUGUCCCUGGAGGUGAAAUGUUUUCACAUCUAAGAAGAAUUGGAAGGUUCAGUGAACCCCACGCACGGUUCUAUGCAGCUCAGAUAGUGCUAACAUUUGAGUACCUUCACUCACUAGACCUCAUCUACAGAGAUCUAAAACCUGAAAAUCUCUUAAUUGACCACCAAGGCUAUAUCCAGGUCACAGAUUUUGGAUUUGCCAAAAGAGUUAAAGGCAGAACUUGGACAUUAUGUGGUACUCCAGAAUAUUUGGCUCCAGAAAUAAUCCUCAGCAAGGGCUACAAUAAGGCAGUGGAUUGGUGGGCAUUAGGAGUGUUAAUCUAUGAAAUGGCAGCUGGCUACCCUCCGUUCUUUGCAGACCAACCAAUUCAGAUUUAUGAAAAGAUUGUUUCUGGAAAGGUGCGAUUCCCGUCCCACUUCAGUUCUGAUCUUAAGGAUCUUCUAAGAAACCUACUCCAGGUGGAUUUGACCAAGCGGUUUGGAAAUCUAAAGAAUGGUGUGAGUGAUAUAAAAACUCACAAGUGGUUUGCCACAACAGACUGGAUUGCUAUUUACCAGAGGAAGAGGGCAUAA